ACAAAUAACAUUGUUAAUGGGACUAGUAGUAUUUGAAUUGAAAAAUAAAUAGCAAAAUAAUGGUGCGAGUAACAAUAAUAUCCUUUGCCGUUGUCGCUUUUGUGGUGUGUGUCUUAAAAAAAAUAAACUCCGAAAGUGUUUUUAUAGGAGAACGCAUUGAGAACGACAGAUUAAUACAUAAAAGUGUACAUGAAAAAGCACCUUUUAUCUAUAGAUCAUAUGACGUUGCUUUUCCGAAAUAUUAUGAAGAAAGUGACAAUGUGAUAAGUGCAAUUUAUGUUGUAGACAAUAAUUAUAAUGACGGUGCGUCCGCAGCUGUGGAUUUUGGCGGCGUCGGACAUACGUUCGUCAAUAUACAUUUGAGAAGUGCUCUGUGGUGUGGUUUCAAUUUUACAAUUGAAAUUUUCGGUGUGAAAUUGAAGUAAAUAAAAAUCUUUUAAAGAUGACAAGAAACUGUUACAGUUUGUUUAUAAAGAUUAUUGUUACAAAUUAGAUGUUUGAUCAUUCAUUAAAGAAAUAUCUAUAUUUUACUUCAUAAAAGACUAUGUAUGUCAAUGAAAAACAAAUUAGAAUUGUUAAUUUUACUUGGGUUCAUAUUACAUCAUUCAACUCUACAAAAACAUUAAAAGGGUAAUAAAAAACUGUAAGUACUCCAAUGAUUCAAUAGCAGCCGUUCUAAUUUCCUUUUAGCUCCGAUGACUAAUAGAAAUAAUCACUACAUAUCUACUAGGUAACUGUAUGUUUUGUUCUGCGGUCCUAGUCAUAUAGAUAGUAGGUAUCUUAAAUAACAACUUCUAAAUGAGGAAGUAUUUAAAAAAAAUAAAGCACUAUAAAGCACC